UACCCCGUGCGCAUGGAACUAUAGUCCUCUAACUCUUGCUCCGUGCGCACGGAGCAGCAGUGGGUAUUCUAGCACCCCGUGCGUACUAUGCUCAGACAUCAGCUGUGAUUUAAGAUAGGUUAGGUUGUUUUGGGUUAGAAGCACGAUAUUGUUUCAAUAAUAAAAUGAAGGAGGGUGCGUUAUUUGCAACAUUGGAACAGUUGGAGCAAGAAAUAAAAGAAUAUGAAGCAACCAAUUACGUUACUCUACAGAAAAGAGAUUCCUGUUUAUUAUCUAAAGCUGUCAAAAAAUAUCCUAGAGCUGCAAGAGGAAAUCGGAACCUUAAGUAUUACUAUGUCGAGUAUACAUGUUCAAAAGGAGGGAAGCGUUUCAAGAGUCGUGGAAAAGCGAUAAGAAAAUCUUCUACAAUGUAUGAGGGAUGCCCCAUGAAAAUAAAAUUCGUUCUUGCAGAAGAUGGUAAACACCUACUUUGCAAAUUACUACACGAUCAACACAACCAUAUCAGAAAUAAGGAUGCGUAUAAGCACUUUGCCAAAAAAAGGAAACUAGACAGCGAAGAUCAAAAGGAAGUUCAACAACUACUAAAAUUACGAGCAAAUCCGAAAGAUGUUCAAAACUACAUCAUGCAAAAGACUGGAAAAAUUAUUUUGAGCAAAGACAUACGUAAUAUAAAGUAUGUUACAAGAUUGCCAUUAAAGUCAAACGAUUUGGAGAAAAUUGUGUCAAUAUUAUCUGAAAAUGAGGGCUGUGCUGUAGAAAUCGCGCACGACCAAGAGGGCAAUUUAAUUGGCAUUUAUUACCAAGAUUUUUUCAUGAAACAUGUUUUUCAGACAUUUCCCGAAUUGUUAAUAUGCGAUGCUACUUAUAAAUUAAACGAGCUGAAUAUGGCAUUGUACAUACUCCUCGCAGUAGAUGGUAACGGUCAAAGUGAAAUUGUGUCUACUUUUUUGAUGGCUGAUGAGAGUAAAUCCGCUAUCGAAGUAAUGAUUAAAACGUUUAAAUACAAGAAUGAGGCAUGGGUUAAGACAGUGACAAUAUUAACCGAUAAAGACAUGACAGAGAGAAAUAUUUUUAAGAACGAAUUUCCACACGCAGACGUUUUACUUUGUCUUUUUCAUACACUUCGGACAUUUAGAAGGGAGAUUACUAUUGAAAGGAUGGCCAUAAAAAAAGAAACGAGAGAAAAGUGUCUUCAAGUAAUACAAAAAAUAGCUUACUCGGCAACUCUUAAAGAAUAUAAUAUUAACUACGAGGAAUUACAGAAACUUGAUGUUAAAAAUGUUUUAAAGUAUUAUGAUGAAAACUGGCAUAACAUAAAAAAUGAAUGGGUAGAAGGUUUAAAGAGUUCAUGUUUUACUCUAAAUAAUAGCACUACGAAUCGUUUGGAGAGCAUCAAUCAAAAAAUUAAAUCGGGUGUUGACAGACAUAGUUCAUUAUGCCAAUUUUAUACCGAUUUCAAAACAGUGUUACAGUCCUUGAGAAUAGACCGGGAUCAUAGUGCCCAACUUUUGCUGUACAAAACCCCCGUUACUCACUAUCAAACUUCUUCCACCGAAUACCGAUAUAUGAAAUUGAUAACAGCAUUUGCGUGGUCGCAUCUUGAAAAGCAGUUUAAAUCUUUGCCUACAACAAUUAUAAAAAUAAAGAAGGAAAAUGAUCAAACUUUUAGUUACAACUCAGACAGAGAAGGAUUAAUAAGUGUUACAGUUGACAACUGUUCUUGUCGCUUUCGAAACCAAAUGAAGUUACCUUGUCGUCAUAUUUUAGCAGUUAGAAGACAUUCCAAUGCUGAAUUAUAUGAUGAAUUGUUGGUAAAUGAAAGAUGGCUUGUGAAGUAUUACCUUGAAAACCAUCGAGCAACUAUGAAAGACCUACCCAUUUAUGAUUCAAACCAUGAACUACUAACUGAACAUACCAUAAGCAAGCCAGUUUUAAAUCAGCACCAGAAAUUUAGAGAGGCUUCCAAAUUAUGCAAUUCCUUAGCUGUUACUAUAUCACAAUAUGGGAAUAAAAGAUACCGAGAAAUUAUGGAUCAAAUGAAACUGUUAAAGUCUUUUUAUCAAAGCAAGAAAAAAGUUUUAAUUGUUGAAGUGAUUGAUGAGAAAAGUAAUGAUCACAAUUCAUCAAAUAAUACGGAAAUAUGUGUUUUGGACGAUAACCACUACGAAUUACACGGAACUAACUCCAAAAUAUUAACAGAGGCGGCAGAUAUAUCAUUAGAUUUAGAACUGCCAGGAGAAUCAGAAACGUCAGGUACUGUAUUAACAGAAGAAGAAAUACCAAUUAGUUUAUUGGGUGAUAAUACGCACAACUGUCCAUCUCAAGAAAUUGACUCGGAAGUACUAAGACAUGAAGCAGAAAUAUUACCAGAAGGAACAGAAAUAUUAGAAGCAGAGAUUAUAUCAGAACCAGAAGAUUUACAACUCGCAAAACAAGUAGAAUUGAUAGAAAGAGAAAUGCUACCAGUAACAGGAAGUGUUUUGGAUGGUAAUAAACGCAACUACGAGUACUAUGUAUUCCAGAAAAAUGACAGCAAAGGGGAAGCAGAAAUAGUAGCAGAAGAAACGAUAUCAAAAAAUCUAGAAAUUUCAGAUGGAGUGGGAAAAAUUUUAGAAUCGAACAUCAGCAACAAACAUGAUAAUAUAGGAACUAGCAAGAAAUAUGUGUUACGUGAAAUACAAAUACCUCCAAAAAUGGUUAAAUGUGGAAGACCGAAGGGUUCAGAGUUAACAGUCAUUGGUACAAAAAGAAAAAGGCGUAAAGCAUCAGGUCCAUCCAACAACUGAAUUUUAUUUUUCAUUUUUUAUUUAUUUCGAUUUGGUUUAACUCUGUAAAGUUUCUUAUAAUAAUAAUGUAUUCUCAAUAAAUAAUGUUAAUUUGA